AUGGUCGUUGUCAAUUCCGAAGCAAUAUUCAUCGGAGCUAACAGACAGAACCAGGUAAGCGACUACCACAGCGGCGAAAAGGUAGUUGCUUUUGGUGCAGGAAAAACUAUCGCAUUAUGGAAACCAACGGAUGAUAUUUCUGAGGGUAUUUACAAAGUUUUAAAGGGUCACGAAGCUGAUGUUACUUGUGUUAAAUUUGUUCCUACUAUCAAUUAUAUGAUCUCCACGUCCGAGGAUCAUCGUGUCAAGGUUUGGGAUUUCUCGACAUUGCAAUGCAUUCAGACAAUUGAACAUUUUGACCACACGAUUGUUACUUUGGCAGUUGUUGAGGGAUUGAUGGUUAUCGGUACCGCUAAUGGUCUAAUUUCAAUGUGGCUGUACGAUAACCAGAGAAACCAAUUUACGUUGGGACACGAGUUUGCGGUUCGCAAGGGCUUCUUGCCACUGGCACUCUCAAUGAAGCAUAUUGAAGAUGACAAGUUCUUGUUGGCUGUCGGUGGUACGAGCGUUAACGUCUUUAUCUAUUCGUUCCUUGCGGCAGACACGCAGAUCAAGGACUGCCAAUUAAGGGCGGAACUGGAAGGACACGAAGACUGGGUCAAAUCUCUCGCAUUCCGCCAGCAGAGUGAGUCUCCUUACGACUUCUUGUUGGCCUCCGGGUCUCAGGACCGUUACAUCAGGUUAUGGAGGAUUAGGGCCAAAGAAGCCCUUGAUUUAGAGAAGGACGACGAACAUAGGCCUACGUUGUUGAGUAACAAGAAGUACAAAUUCGAGGUAUCGACCGAUUUUAGGAUUGUCAUCAACUUCGAAGCUCUGAUUAUGGGACACGAUGAUUGGAUUUCUUCAUUACAAUGGCACGAAAAGCGUUUGCAGUUGCUAGCUGCUACGGCCGAUACAUCCCUCAUCAUUUGGGAACCAGAGGAGUCAUCUGGUGUUUGGAUUUGCGCAUCAAGAUUGGGAGAGAUCUCUUCAAAAGGUGCUUCGACUGCCACGGGGUCUUCUGGUGGAUUCUGGUCCUGCCUAUGGUUCAAAGAUGCUGAUCGCGACUAUAUUUUGACAAACGGCAAGACUGGAUCUUGGAGGAUAUGGUCAUCUAGCGAUUGUGUGGAAUGGGCUCCGAUGUUGGGUGUCACCGGCGCCACGAAAGAGGUGACCGACAUUGCUUGGGCACCCAGCGGCGAAUUUUUGCUAGCUUCAUCGUUAGAUCAAACCACAAGGUUAUAUGCACCCUGGCUAUAUGAGUCGUCUGGAAGACAUAGGCCAGUCGCAACAUGGCAUGAAUUUUCCAGGCCUCAAAUUCAUGGGUACGAUAUGAUUUGCGUCGAGCCUAUAUCAGACACUAGAUUUGUCAGUGGAGGCGAUGAGAAAAUACUGAGGUCUUUUGAUCUAUCGAGAGGUGUGUCAGACAUCUUACGGAAAUUUGUUGGUUGCAGCUUCGGGACCAGCCAAGCGUUACCAGAGUCUGCCGCAUUACCAGCGUUAGGUCUAUCUAACAAGGCCGUGAAUCAGAACGAUGAAGCUGAACAAGAAGAGGACGAUCCUAAUGAGCGCGAGACGAAUGAGACUAAGAAUAUAUCUUACAGUUUAAUCUCGGCCCUCGCAACGCCUCCACUUGAGGACCAGUUACAGAGACAUCUUCUAUGGCCAGAGAUAGAAAAACUUUAUGGACACGGUUAUGAAAUUACUUGCGUUGACGUCUCUUCCGAUGGUGCGCUGAUUGCAUCCGCCUGUAGGUCAAAUUCUCCUCAACAUGCAGUCGUUCGUAUAUUCGACAGUAAGACGUGGCAGGAGAUCAAACCUCAGCUUCCUUAUCAUGAAUUAACUAUAACGAGGCUCAAGUUCUCGAGAGACAGUCAGCUACUCCUAUCCACUUCGAGAGACAGAAAGUGGGCGCUGUGGCAACGAGAUGUUGCGACGAACAAGUUUUCUUUGAAGUACAGUAAUGCAAAGGCUCAUACUAGAAUUAUAUGGGAUUGUGAUUGGGCUCCGAUCGAGUACGGACAGACUUUUUUUACAGGCUCAAGAGAUAAGAGCGUAAAAGCCUGGAGGUUUGACGAAUCUGAGCAUGAUUUCGUAUCAGAAUCUUCAGUGAAAUUUACUGAGCCGGUGACAGCGUUGUCGGUUUACCACGAGCUUUUUAAUGGUAAAAUACUGCUUGCCAUUGGUGCAGGAAAUGGCACUAUCCAUAUCUACACCUACUUGGAUUCGCGUUUUGAACUCUUGACGACCUUCGAGGAGGAUAUAGCUCCAGCUGACAGAGUGACUCGCUUGAGGUGGUCAACGCUACAACGGGAUGGAAAAAAAUUCCUAGGAGUUGGAAGCGAGGACUCCUCCACCAGAAUUUUCUCCAUCAAGCUCUAA